AUGUCUAACACUAAGUUUCUGUGUUCCUUUCAGGCUAGAGGAUCUUUCUCGGGAGGUGUUGGAAUUGUGGCCUUCAUCACUACUUUGGAGUACCAAACUGUUUGCAUCAUCUUAUCAGUUCCCUUGCCCUUGCUCCCGGUGGAUGAUCAGCUGGAUGCCAUACUGCUUCAGAAGAUCAUCGUGGCUGGAACUUACGUUGUGUAUCGUUAUAUGGAUUUAAGCAUCAUGCGAUGUUUCUUCAUAUGCCCCAUGAUAGUGCAGCUUUCGAUGAAUCUGUUGCAGCCAAUUUAUAUACGAGCUUCACCCCGCCAUUACAUGGCUGCAUUUGUUCUAAAAUGA